ACCAGAAAAAAGUGGGUAAUGCUAAAUCCUACGACGACUGUCUGGUCUUCACUUUCUCUCUCUCACAUGUUAGACAUCUUGGUGGAAUUUCUUCUCCCCAUCGAUCGCCAUGGCAUCUUCUAAUUCCCAGCCGAAUGGUGGUGGUCCUCCUCCGAAGCCAUGGGACCAAGCAGGUUCGUCGGGUCCAACACCGUUCAAGCCUCCAUCUCCUGGAAGCACAAGUGAUGUUGUGGAAGCUUCAGGAACAGCAAAACCUGGUGAAAUUGUCUCUUCAGCCAACAGGACUGGAACUACUACUAUAAACACAAAUUCGCUUGGAAGGCCUGUGCCUACAAGGCCAUGGGAACAACAGCAGCAGACUUACGGUAGCACCACUUAUGGAGGUGUAGGAGGAUAUGGUUCAACAAUGAACUAUAGCUCAGGCUAUGGCUCUGGAUUGAGCGGUUCAUAUGGAGGAGGGGGGAUGUAUGGUGGAGGAAUGUAUGGAAACAGCAUGUAUAAUAGAGGAGGAUAUGGCGGUAGUAGCCUUUACGGAGGCGGUUCUGGGAUGUAUGGUGGUGGUGGAAUGUAUAACAGUGGCUUUGGCGGCCAAAUGGGCGGCGGUUAUGGAAUGGGAAUGGGAGCGGGUGACCCAUAUGGCAAUCAAGAUCCUAAUAAUCCAUAUGGUGGUCCGCCAUCUCCACCUGGUUUUUGGAUAUCCUUCUUGCGAGUGAUGGAAGGUGUGGUGAACUUUUUUGGUCGGGUUGCAAUGCUGAUAGACCAGAACACGCAGGCAUUUCACAUGUUCAUGAGCGCCCUUCUUCAGCUUUGUGAUCGAUCGGGCAUGUUAUAUGGAGAACUUGCUAGAUUUGUGUUGAGACUGUUGGGAGUAAGAACACCACCAAAGAAAGUGCAUCCAGCCGGAGCUGAACCUCAUAUGGGCCCUCACAAUGGGGCUGGAAACUACAUUGAAGGACCAAAAACCGCUCCAAAUGGUGGUGCUUGGGACAACGCAUGGGGUGAGGGUUCUAGUUAGAAGUGAUUUGGUCACUACAGAAGUGAAUGAAAUGAGAGUAAAAGGAAAGCUGAAGGUGUGAACUCUCUGCCUUUGGGUGGUUGAGUUUGUAAGAUAAGGAGCAUCAUAGGUUGGUUUUCAAAAACUUUACCCAGCUUCUUAUGUCUUGCUUUAUUAUAUAUCUUUGAGCUUGUUGAUGAAUUUCUUAUAUGAAUGAAUACUUUUUGGUCUCGUUUUGGGAACCUUGAUCUAUAUUUCAAUCAAUUCAUUUCUUUUUUA